AUGUUUUCCAUGGGCAUCACGCUCACCCUUGAUGACUUCAAGCGCGUUUUCUUAAAACCGCGGGUGAUUGGGCUCGGAUUUUUCGCGUGCUACGUCCUCAUGCCGGCGUUGGCGUUCGUCAUCGGCAACGCGCUUGGUUUGAGCGGCCCGCUCCUCGCCGGUCUGAUCCUAGUGGGUUCAAUCAACGGCGGUCAGGCGAGCAACCUGUGCGCUUACAUCGCCCGGGGUGAUGUCGCGCUCUCUGUACUCAUGACUACCGCCACCACCGUCGGCUGCAUCUUCAUGACUCCGCUCAUUUGCAAACUCGCUUUGGGCGCCGUCGUCGACGUGGACGCCAUGGGCAUGGCGAUUUCCACCAUCCAAGUUGUUCUUGUGCCCGUCGUUCUCGGUUUGACUUUGAACAAGUACGUGCCGAAGUUCUGUCGAAGCGUUGAACCUUUCUCCCCUGUCGUCGGUGUUACUGCCACCAUCAUCCUCGUCGGCGGAGCAGUUGCGAACUGCGCCGCCGGCAUUUUGGGCGCUGGUAUGACGUUGCAACUCGCCGCUUUCAUGCUCCAUCUCAUCGGCGGCCUCGCCGGUUAUGGGAUCAUGCGUGUGUUCAAGUACAGUGAAACGACUUGUAGAACGGUCGCUAUCGAAACCGCGAUGAAGUCGAGCGCCUUUGGCUUUUUGCUUGCGUCUCUCCACUUCCCGGAGUACCUCGUGCGCGUGCCCUCGGCGGUUUCCGUCGUUUGGAUGGCGGUGUUAGGGAGCACCAUGGCGGUGAUCUGGCGAUUCAUUCCGGUUCCGGAUGAAAACUAA